GUGCACAGAGCGGCGCCCAUUUCAAAGUUUUGCGACGUAUUCAGUCGUGAUUCUUCAUUUUCAUUUGACAGAACACUUCUGCGUAUAAGUGGCUGCAUACAUCCAGGUACCCUGCGCUAUCUCUUUGGUUUCACUGUGGAGGGAAUAAGAAAUGGAAGGCACAGAGGUUACCUGCUCACCCCCAUCAGUUAUCCCUGUCUUGUCACUCGUGAAGUCAGCUCAACAACAACAUGGCUUGCGUCAUGGUGACUACCAACGCUAUCAUCAAUAUAUUUCCCGCAAACUUAGGCGAAUGAGAAAAUCACUGCAUUUUCAACAGGGCAAUCGAUCAAAAGUUACCCCAAAGAAGAUAACACCAGAUAUUGUAACUGAUCCACGUUUCAUUAUUUUGGCAGUUUUUGAAAUCGAACGAUCAUGGGCAUAUGCUAUGCAACUGAAAGCUGAAUCUGCCACAGAAAUUCGGAAACGUUUUCAAAUGUGUUCUCGUCUUCGUAAAGCAGUUGCACGUGCUGAGUUUUUGUGUAGUAUGGAAGAUGAUUUAUCACUAUUAGACGCACAAACCAAACUUGAAUUGCGUGCCUACAGGCAAUGGAUUCGUGGAAUUUUAUUUUUUGAAUUGCAGAAUUGGGCCACAGCCAAAGAGCAUCUGGAGUCAGCUCAAGCUAUCUAUGAUGUCUUACUUCAAAUGGUUGAUGAAGACAGUCGAAGUGUUUAUAAAUCUCGCAUUGAUGAUCUUCUGCCUCAAAUUCGAUACUGUGCUCAUUCAAUCGGAGAUGAGACAGCAGCCGACGAUUUACAGCGAAUGCGUAAUCAAGCAUCUGAUGGUCUAACGCUUUUAUCAGAGCUUCAAUUAGAUCAACUUCUUAGUCAAGCUCGAGCUAGACAGGCUAGCCAAGUUAGUGAGGUAGAUUGGUUGGGAACUAUAAUUCCAGUAAAAUCAGAAAAGGCAAAAAUUGCAAUCUUAACUGUAAAGGAAUCUGAAUCAGAAUUGAUAAAAGCAGAAACACCUUCAGCGAAAUUGGCUAUUUACGAAUCAGUUUUGAAAUCGUGUGUUGAAGCGAUUACAUCUGUCAGAGAUGAGUUACGUACUGCAGUGGCAGCUGAACCAUCUGUUACUGGAGAUAAACACAAAGCAGCUAUGGUGGCUUCCACUAAAUCUGGUCAGAAAUUAGGCUCCGAAAAGGUUUCACGGCUUCAGAUGUUAUAUACUUAUUUACAAUAUUUAAAAUUAAGUAAAACAGUCGAUCGAACUCUUCUGCAUAUUGAAGCCACUAUUGUUGGGUUAGCUGAAGGAACUCAGAAAAGGAAUAAUCUUGCUACAAGUGCUUAUUCUAAACCACAAGAACUCUCUCGUCUAUACGAUACUGUGGUACAGAAUUUUCAGGAGAUUAUUUCUCUACCGUGUUUAAUUCAAGAACAUAAUGGUUUAAAGGAUUUAUUAUACGCAAAAAUGUUAUCCAAUCGUAGUUAUCGGUGUUAUUACCUUGCUCUUGCUUACAACUGUAGUAAAAAAUACACUGAAUGUUCCGCCCUUCUUAUGAGGGCAAAGCACCACGCUGAAAAGGCAAUCACUUCACUUGAUACUUCAACUUCAACAUGGACCAAAUCAGAAGAGGCAGUUGCACCUGGUCCUGAUCCUGAUUGUCUGGCAAAAUCCCUUCGUUCCCUUAUACUACAAGCGGAGUCAGAAGAUUUUACUUGCAAGGCUGCCUCAAUGCUUGAUGCAGGAGAAGAAACUGGAACAGUUUCCGUCACGUCUCUUACACCUACUGCAGCAGGAGCAGAUGUUUCACAAAAGGUUCUGAUUGAUCGUUUGGAUGCUUAUGCGGAUGACAAAAGUGUGGAGAAAUCGUUCAGUAAUUUUGUAUAUCCCUUUGUUCAAUUGCCUCCUAAAUUCUGUCCUGUUCCUGUGAAGCCAAUCUUCUUCGAUCUAGCUUUAAAUCAUAUUAAUUUCCCAUCUUUAGAUGAUAAAAUAGGCUUGAAGGCUAACGCAUCUUCCAAGUCUUCUGGUUUGACAGAUCUCAUGCGUGGAUGGUUAUGGCGUGGUUCAGAGCCGACGGGACCAUAAGCGUCUGGUGUUGUGAUAUAACUUCAAUAGUACAUGUGAUCAACCUACCUUUUGUCUUUAUAGAAAUAUAUUGGUAAUAAACUUUGAUUUAUGUAUCUCAAGGCUUCAAGGGUUUAUCUUUUUGACUACUUCUCAUUCAUCAGGUGAUCAUGAAAAUCGUGUUCAAAUAUAAUGACUUUUAGGAGC